AUGGGAAACGCACAGGGACAGUUGAACCCGCAAGAACAGAUGGACUUGCUGCAUGCGGCCAACUUCAGCGAGCGGGAUCUAAAGAAACUUUACAAACGCUUUCGGGCUCUCGACACAAACCAGAAUGGCGAACUCGAUACACACGAACUCUUCGACGUGCCGGAACUCGCCGACAAUCCUCUGGUGAAGCGAGUGCUGUCGAUUUUUGACACGAACGGGGACGGGAAAGUCUCUUUUGUGGAGUUCCUUGUCGGCCUGUCGAAGUUGGCGGCGAACACCGAUGAGUUUCAAAAGACGAAGUUCGCCUUCGACGUUUACGACAUCAACAAGGACGGAUGCAUCAGCAACGGGGAACUUUUCGCAGUCAUGAAAAUGAUGGUUGGGAGCAAUCUCAACGAUCAACAGCUCCAGCAGUUGGUGGACCGAACGAUUGUCCAGGCGGACAAAGACGGCGAUGGAAUGAUCUCGUUCGACGAAUUCCGCGAGAUGGUUUCGCACAUCGACAUCGCUGACAAGCUGAGAGUGGAUCUUUGA